UAGGACAAACGUGCAAAAGGCCCCUAAGCAUGAGCAGACAUGUUGACAUCAAUUCCACAUAGAAAAACUUGGAAAUCAAAGAAGACAGUAAAAGUCACGAAGUCUUAUCCAACCUUCCCUUCCCUGAAUGCCUGGGAAGAAUUCAGGGGCCUCCUGCCUGUGGAUGCGGAACUGAACUCUGGAGUGGCUCUAGGUGUGGAGGAGGGACUGCUCUGCCAGAUGGUUCAUUCUCCAGAAUUCAAUCUAUUUCCUGACUCUGUGGUGUUUGAAAGCAACUUUGUCCAGGUCAAGAAGGGUAGAAACUGGAUAAAUAUCUACAAAGUCUCCAAGACCAUGGCCCUUGGGGUGACCUCCUCUGUGCCCUGCCUACCCCUUCCCAACAUCCUCCUCAUGGCCAGUGUCAGAUGACAUCAGGGACAGAGCCAGACAUGGAACAGACCAGCUAUAGCUCCAAACAUCAUCCUGAAAAGGAUUCUCCCGUUGAAGUUUGUGGAGCUCCAGGUCUGUGACCACCUCCAGGGCAUCCUGCGGUUGAGGACAGUCACUGAGAAGAUGUACUACCUAAAGCUCCACCCAGACCACCCUCAGACUGUCUUCCACUUCUGGAUCCAAGUGGUGCAAAUUCUGAAGGAGGGCCUAUCCAUCACCACCAAGGACCCUAGGAUUCUUGUCACCCACUGCCUGGUACCCAAGAACAACUGCAGCUCGUCUGAAGACUCUAAGUUAGUACAGAAGAAACUCCAAGCCUCCCAGCCCAGCGAGAGCCUCAUGCAGCUGAUGGCCAAGAGAGAGAGUGAGGCCCUCUCUCAGAUCUUUGAGGACUUGCACCAGCAGAAACCCUUCAGGAGCAGCAAAAAGAUGAACAAGGCCUGCUCAGGUAAUGGAAGACGUGAGGCACACAGCCUCAUCGAGCUGUCUAUGUUGCAGCCCUAA